AUGAAGUGGGGAUUCUCCUGUGUGCUCAUCGCGUUCUUCGCAACUACCGCAACAUCAUGGCCGUACGAUGAGUCCCUCCUGCAGUAUAAUCUCAACCAGAAUAAGUCCGCAACCAAUCCGGCUGAGUACUGGGGCGAAUGGCCGGACCAUAAAGGGAAAUAUUUCCCUUCUCCUGACAACUGGCGCUUUCCAAUGUAUACCUUGUUUAUGGACCGUUUCGUCAAUGGAGACCCGACGAAUGAUAACAUAAAUGGCACCCAGUUCGAGCACGACAUCUCCUCAAACCAGAUGCGACACGGCGGAGAUGUGGCCGGCUUGGUCGACACGUUAGAUUAUCUGCAAGGAAUGGGUAUUAAGGGUUUGUAUCUUGCGGGAACGGCUUUGAUGAACCAGCCCUGGGGCUCUGAUGGUUAUUCGGCCCUGGAUACGACUUUGCUCGACCAACAUUUUGGUACCAUUCAAACCUGGCGAGAUGCUAUUACAGAGAUCCAUAAGCGUGGGAUGUAUGUUAUUUUUGAUAAUACGAUUGCAACGAUGGGCGACCUGAUCGGUUUCGAAGGCCAUUUAAACGACACGACUCCGUUCUCCGAAAAGGAAUACCGGCCGUUGUGGAAAUCAAAUCGUCGCUAUGUGGAUUUCGACAUUGGAACUUCAUAUAACGCAACUUGCGACUACCCUCGAUUCUGGUAUGAGGAUGGUUGGCCUGUCAAUAAGUCCAUGACCGCGGGCCUUGUUGGGUGCUAUGACAGUGAUUUUGAUCAAUACGGUGAUAUUGAGGCUUUUGGCGUGUGGCCAGAUUGGAAGCGUCAGUUGGCUAAGUUCGCCUCUGUCCAAGAUCGCCUUCGGGAAUGGCGCCCCUCUGUCCGAGACAGACUGAUCCGUCACUCCUGCAUGGUCAUCCACUCUCUUGAUAUUGAUGGAUUCCGAUACGAUAAAGCCACCCAGGCCACCGUGGAUGCCCUGGGAGACAUGUCCAAGGCAUACCGGGAAUGUGCCCGAAGUGUUGGAAAAAAGAACUUCUUUAUUUCGGGUGAGAUUACCGGUGGAAAUACAUUCGGUUCCAUCUAUCUCGGCCGAGGCAGGCAGCCGAAUCAGUAUCCAAAGGAUGCGGGUGAAGCCAUGAAGCUCACUAAUACGUCCGCGUCACAAUAUUUUCUGCGCGAAGAAGGUCAUGAGGCAAUUGACGCGGCCGCAUUUCAUUAUUCAACGUAUCGCUCAUUGACCCGAUUCCUUGGAAUGGACGGCACCCUAUCUGCCGGCUUUGAUGUGCCCGUCGACUUCGUUGAUGCAUGGAAUAUGAUGUUACAGAUGAACGACUUGAUUAACCCCAAUACAGGCAAGUUUGACCCCCGACAUAUGUUCGGUGCCACGAACCAAGAUGUUUUCCGCUGGCCAACCAUUCAGUAUGGUAUUGAGAGACAGCUGUUGGCUUUGUUUAUUACCACCAUGCUUCUCCCUGGUAUUCCUCUUCUCCUUUGGGGUGAAGAGCAGGCCUUUUAUAUAUUAGAUGCAACAGCAUCCAACUAUAUCUACGGACGUCAAGCUAUGUCGCCUGCAACGGCCUGGAAAACCCACGGCUGCUUUAAUCUGGACUCUUCUACCUACUAUAAAUGGCCUAUUCAGUCUGGUCGGGACGGCUGUAAAGAUGAGACCGCUACAUACGACCAUCGCGAUCCUGCGCAUCCAGUGCGCAACAUCAUUAAGCACAUGUAUCAAAUGCGAGAAGAAUUCCCCGUUCUCAACGACGGAUAUACAAUUGUAAAGUUGUCGAAACAAACCGAGGAAGUGUAUUACCCUGGUUCCAAUGAAACAGCUACCGAGACGGGAAUGUGGUCUGUUCUACGCGAUGUUAAUGCCGACGUCCAAGAUCUGGGCUCCGACACGAACAAUCAACCGAUUUGGCUGCUCUAUCAAAAUGUUAACCGCACGAUAGACUAUAAGUUUGACUGUAAAGACAACGACACCGCCCUGAUCGCUCCUUUCCCUACCAAGACCCGCGUUAAGAACUUGUUCUACCCAUACGACGAGCUGGAGUUGGUCGACAGUCCAAUCAAACUCGGCCUUAAUGGAUCUGACAAGGUCAAUGGUUGCCUUCCCAACAUGACCAUGAAGGCAUAUGAGUUCCGUGCCUACGUCCCCCGCUCCCAGUUCACCGGACCGCGACCUAUGAUCACCAAGUUUAUUCCCGGUCAUGAUGUACCCCUACGAUCAACUGUGGCACCAGAUGCCUCCGAAUCAGUGAAGGUCGAGCUACACUUCACACAGGAGUUGGAUUGCCACUCCGUGACGAAGGCCAUCUCUUUUAAUUCGUCGACCGAAGCUGGGAAGAUCCCAUCUAUCGACUCCAACUCAGUCAAUUGCAAGCCAGUCCCCCCAUCGGAGAUAUCGUGGACCAGCCAACUUCCUGGCGUCUGGGUGUGGUCAGCCAGUCUGACGGGAGUCUAUAAUGGCGUUCAUCGCCUAACGGUACGAAAUGCCAGCACUGCCGAUGGCAAGGCAUUCACUAAUGCAGUGGACCACUUCCUCUUCCGCAUUGGCCAAAUUGAUAAUCCUAUGGUCUUUAACUCUGCCAAUUAUUCUACCAGUUUGCUCCACCGGGACAGCAACGGAACACUGUUCAUCCAACAACACGCCGCAGGUGCUGAUAAAUAUCGCUACUCUACGAAUUGGGGGACCACAUUUUCAGACUGGAAGGACUAUGAGGCUGGUAACACAACUAUUGAGGAACUUCCAUGGUCAGGAACCAAGAAACAGGGAUGGAAAGGCAAACAUGUCCGCGUAGAGUACUGGAGUCGAUGGACCGGUAGCAGUGACUACGUUCAGGAGGGUGAUGCAGACUGGACUUCCAAGGUCCCACGCCGUUUUCCUCACGCUUUUUUCAAUGGGCCCUACAAUCAGUUCGGAUACGACGGGGGUCUAGACAAUGCUAUUAAGCUGGACACGAACGACGGAUAUUGGAAGUACCAUUUUACGUCGGAAUGGCCUGCAGUGGGCCAGUUAAACAUCUGGGACAUUAAUCCGGAUGGCAAACCUGAUCAAAGUUGGGUGCUGGGAGAUCUCGACAAUGAUAAGGUUCUGGACCGAAUGCCGCCGUCGGCUUUGUCUGCGACCUUGAUCAAUAUCACUAAGGCUCCACCGUCUCCGUACUUGGCCUGGAAAUUUCACAUCAACGAUGGAACCAUGAGCUAUGAGCUCCUUCCAGUGGGAAAUCAAAGUUCGCAAAUCGCCAUGUUCGUCCUCUUUUGGAUCCUUCCAAUCAUUACGGGAGCAGCAUGUGUUUACAUCUUCAUGAAGUCUUUCUAUAAGGUCAAAUUCAACCAAGUUGGUGUGAGCGAGAAACACCCUAUGAUUCCCUUGGCUUUACGGAGAAAGUUUAAAAGAAACCGGGCUGGUGGGGAAGAAUCAAUGAACCCGUUGGUACGUCUGGCCAACAAGUCGGGUUUUAUGCAAAGUAGCACUGCCCUAGCGGGUGCCACUGCAGGCAAAAGACGCAUGGUUCUGAUCGCCACCAUGGAAUACGACAUUGAGGAUUGGGCGAUCAAGAUCAAAAUCGGUGGUCUUGGUGUCAUGGCCCAAUUGAUGGGCAAAACAUUAGGUCAUCAAGACCUUAUCUGGGUUGUUCCUUGUGUUGGUGGUGUGGAUUACCCAGAAGACCAACCUGCAGAGCCUAUGCAUGUUACCAUUCUAGGCAACUCGUAUCAAGUCAAUGUGCAAUAUCAUGUCUUGAAAAAUAUUACUUAUGUUCUGCUUGAUGCACCGGUGUUCCGGCAACAAUCAAAGUCGGACCCUUACCCAGCCCGUAUGGACGACCUGGACAGUGCGAUUUAUUAUUCCGCCUGGAACCAGUGCAUUGCAGAAACAAUCAAGAGGUUCCCUGUUGAUCUGUACCAUAUUAAUGAUUAUCAUGGUUCUCUGGCCCCGCUUUACCUUCUCCCUAGCACCAUCCCUGCUUGUCUUUCCCUGCACAACGCUGAGUUCCAGGGUUUGUGGCCGAUGCGGACGCAGAAAGAAAAGGAUGAGGUUUGCUCGGUAUUCAACCUCGAUAUUGAUACAGUUCGAAGGUACGUCCAAUUUGGAGAGGUUUUUAACCUACUCCAUGCAGGCGCCAGCUACCUGCGGGUUCACCAACAGGGUUUCGGUGCAGUCGGUGUCUCAAAGAAAUAUGGCAAGCGGUCCUACGCAAGAUAUCCCAUCUUCUGGGGCUUAAGAAAGGUUGGCAAUCUGCCUAACCCUGAUCCCUCUGAUGUCGGGGAAUGGAACAAAGAACUUCCACAGGAUAAAGAUAUUGAAGUUGAUCCAAGCUUUGAAGAAGGUAGAGGGGAACUAAAGCGGCAGGCCCAGGAGUGGGCCGGUCUUGAACAGAACCCAGACGCUGACCUGCUUGUCUUUGUUGGUCGCUGGUCCAUGCAGAAGGGUGUGGAUCUAAUUGCUGAUGUUAUGCCUGCCGUGCUGGAAGCUCGCCCAAAUGUGCAAUUAAUUUGCGUUGGCCCUGUUAUUGACCUUUAUGGCAAGUUCGCCGCCCUCAAGCUCGAUCAUAUGAUGAAGGUCUAUCCAGGACGUGUAUUUUCCAGACCUGAGUUUACUGCUCUGCCGCCCUAUAUCUUUUCCGGUGCUGAAUUUGCUUUAAUUCCCUCUCGUGACGAGCCGUUUGGUCUGGUCGCCGUCGAGUUCGGCCGUAAAGGAGCAUUGGGCAUUGGUGCGCGUGUAGGCGGUCUUGGCCAAAUGCCGGGUUGGUGGUAUAAUGUGGAAUCUACAUCAACAUCGCAUCUCUUGUACCAGUUUAAACUGGCGAUUGAGGCAGCACUCAGUUCUAGGACAGAAACUCGGGCCAUGAUGCGCGCACGGUCUGCGAAGCAGCGAUUCCCAGUUGCCCAGUGGGUUGAGGAUCUCGAGAUCUUGCAAACUACAGCGAUCCAAGUACAAAAUAAAGAAGUGUGGAAGGGUCAUGGCCGUCCAAUGACACCAUCCGGAACUACUACGCCCAGUGGAGCUAUGACGCCUACAGCUCGGCCGACAAGCCCUUUGAUUUCUGGCUUGAAUACGCCGGUUACGCACUCCGGGGAAAGUAGCUACUCAAACGUCAAUGGUGCCGGUGAAAUAGGUUCGCAGCAGAGGACAGCUGUUUACAGCCGGGAUGCCAGUCCCACUGGAACCGACAAGCCAAAAUCAGGGCUCAGUCGAUCACUCUCACUUGGUGUCCGGUCUGGUCCCGGUCAUCUGGAGCGCCGUGGUCGUCGCGGGCAGAGACAAGGCAAUAUUCCCGAGGAUGAGGAACACAGCGGUUCGGCAGGCACUGACCACGAGGACGAUAGUGACUCCGAUAUCAUUCCUAGCUACUAUGGGGAUGACGAGUAUACCCUCACCCCCGCUCAGGUCGAAGAAGGGAGGCGAGCACAGGCACAGGCAGCCCAGCAACAGCAAGCUACUGGUACUAAACGUUACAGUCAAGACUCAUUACGUCCCAAAUAUAUCCAGCCUCCGACCAGCCCGGGGAUAGUCGACCACAGUCUCCCGCCUCCCCCGAAGCUUUUCCUUGAUGCUGGCAAUCAUCUUAGUAGGGAAUCCGUUCUCUCCGUUGACUCCAUUAUCGGUGGUAAGAAAGACUUCAAGCUGCAAAAGGUUGAUCCGUUCUUUACGGACAGUAAUGGAGAAUAUUAUAAGACUUUCGACAAGCGAUUGGACGACUUGAAUGGAUCGAAUUCUGAAUCGCAACUCUGCAUUGAGGAAUUCUUGAUCAAAAGUGAGAGACAAUGGUUCGAUAAGUUCCGCGAUGCAAGACUCGGUCGCAACCUGAAAUCACCAACUCCGUCGGUCUUCCGUGGCAAACAUAGUGCAUCUCCAGUAGGCUCAUUCUACAAUGAUGACGGGACCUCGCGUGGGAGCGGUAGUGUCCAUCUUGACCAGGACGAUACAGAUGAUGAAUUCCUCCUUGGGAAGGACUAUGUUCCUCCAACCGGCCUCAGGAAGUGGAUGCAAAUCAAGGUGGGAGACUGGCCGAUUUACUCUAUGUUCUUGGCUCUGGGACAGAUUAUCGCUGCCAACUCGUAUCAGAUCACAUUGCUCACUGGUGAGGUUGGUCAAACCGCAGAGAAGCUGUACGGAAUUGCCACCACAUACGCUAUAACUUCCGUCUGCUGGUGGCUUGCUUUCCGAUACUUUAAAUCAGUUGUUUGCCUCUCUACCCCCUGGUUCUUUUAUGGCCUUGCCUUCCUUUUGAUUGGCUCCGCCCACUGGGACUCCAACUCGUUCAAUCGUGGUUGGAUACAGAACGUGGGAAGUGGAUUUUAUGCCGCUGCUUCAUCCAGCGGUUCCAUUUUCUUCGCUCUGAAUUUCGGUGACGAGGGUGGUGCCCCGGUGAAGAAGUGGAUUUUCCGGGCCUGUGUGAUCCAGGGGAUCCAGCAGGCGUAUGUCAUUGCGCUUUGGUACUGGGGAUCAACCCUCACCAAAGCGUCAAGCGAGGGCCUCCUAUCUCCCGAGAACAGUAUCUCGAACACUUGGAAGAUGACUGCCAUUUGUUAUCCUAUCGCGAUCUUUCUCUGGGCAAUUGGACUCCUUUUGAUCUUCGGCCUUCCUAACUACUAUCGACAAGCCCCCGGCAAGGUUCCUUCUUUUUACAAGUCUGUGUUCCGUCGUAGGAUUGUGCUUUGGAACUUUGUAGCCGUUGUCCUCCAGAAUUUCUUCCUGAGCGCGCCGUACGGCCGAAACUGGGGCUUCCUAUGGAAUUCCACCCACGCGCAUGCUUGGCAAAUCGUCAUUCUCUGCGUAGUCUUCUUCGGCCUCCUUUGGUGCCUUUUCCUGUUCAUUGUGAGCCAAUUCUCCAAACAACACAGCUGGUUCCUGCCCGUCUUCGCAUGUGGUCUCGGAGCACCACGAUUCCUACAGAUCUGGUGGGGAAUUUCUGGCAUCGGAUACUAUCUUCCCUGGGUCGCAGGAGGGUACACAGGCGGGGCCCUCGUCUCCCGGAGUAUCUGGUUGUGGCUGGGAGUGUUAGACUCCAUCCAAGGUCUCGGUUUCGGCAUUAUACUUCUGCAAACGUUAACGCGAACGCACAUGUGUUUCACAUUGAUCGUGUCGCAAGUGAUCGGUUCGAUUGCCACAAUCUGCGCAAGAAAGAGCCUUCGGUCCUAA